UAGGCCAGCACUUGGCGUGUUUCCUUCCAAAGAUUGGCCGGCAAAAUUAAAGAGCGUUUUAUUAUCGGUCGCUCCAUGUGGUUUAAAUAAAGUUAUGACAAUGAUGUGUGGUUCUUGCUCGAAUGAGAACGCUUUCAAAGCAGUAUUUAUGUGGUAUCGAAUGAAAGAGCGAGGCGGGAGACUUGACUUUUCUCAUGAAGAAAUCGCUUCCUGCAUGUAUAAUCAGCCACCAGGUUCGCCGAAAAUGUCAAUUAUGUCUUUUAAGAGAGGAGCGGCACUGAUUAUAGAUGAAGUACAGACAGGAUGUGGUCCAACUGGUAAAAUGUGGUGCCAUGAGCAUUUUGACUUACCCACUCCUCCAGAUGUGGUCACGUUCAGUAAAAAGAUGUUAAUUGGCGGGUUUUACUUCAAACCUCAAUUUAAAGCACCACACCCCUACCGGAUUUUUAAUACAUGGAUGGGCGAUCCGGGAAAAUUGAUAUUAUUAGAGUGCGUUUUAAAAGUGAUGAGACAAAAUAACCUACUUUGCUUAGUGGAACAGUCAGGAACAAUAUUGAAAAACGGUUUACUUGAACUGGAAACUGAAUACCCUUUUCAUAUAAAUAGUGUGAGAGGCCGUGGUACAUUUCUUUCUUUCAAUGUAUCCAGUACUGCAAUGAGGGACAAACUUAUUAUCAAUUUAAAGAAAAACGGUGUAUUAUGUGGUGCAUGCGGUGAGACCUCUAUACGUCUGCGACCUGCCCUUAUUUUCGCUCCAAAACACGCACAAAUUUAUUUAGACAUUUUAAGGAAAACGCUAAAUAAAUUGUAUUGUCCCUAGGUAUAUUUGGAAUGGAAGGAAAAUUUUUGAUAUUCAUUAUUUUGUAAAAAACGCCGUAUAUCUUGUAUUUAGCUUAAUACAAUAAAAUGUAUUUAGCUUAAUACUAUUAUGUAGUCUUCUAAUUAAGUAUGAAUUCUUGACUCAUUUAUUUGGACUUGGACUGAGGAGUAUGAAGAUUAGAGUUAUUUGAAGAAAUGCAGUAUGCUAUUAUUAUUCAAAUAAUACUUGAAAGAUACAACGAUUUUUUGAAGAACAUCACCCACGGUAUUUUAAAAACAUUACAAUCACUUUCAAACGAUAUAUUAAACUAUAAGUUAAACAAUCACAAAGAAAGUUUGAAAUAUUGACAUCAGCCUAUUAAUAUCCCCACUCCUAAGGCACAGG